AAGAAUGCUAGACUCCAUUUAAUUUAUCUAUGCUAUCAGAUCUUAAAAUUCUUUGUUUAUGGCAUCUACAAAGGUGAAUGAGAGGGCAUGGUGAUUCAUAGUUUAAGCAUUAAACAUGUCCUAUCUAUCCACUUGCAAGAUUCCUAAAGAUUCUGCUUCAGUGGCAACAGUAUCUUGCUUCUUGAUUCCUAGAGGACUCCGAAAGAGUCAUCUCACGGUCGUUUCCUUGUCUGAUCAUUCUUUUUCUUCUUCUUCUUCUUCUUCCGUGAAUUGCUGUUCAGCUAUUUUUGGUGAGGGAUUGAAAGAGAGAUCCUGGAGAAAAGCUGUAAAUUGUCAUGGGAAUUAUUGGCCAGUUUUUUGCAGUGAAGAAGGGGAGAGGUCGAAGGGGAGAGAUCCUGUGUGGGUUGCGACCAAGAAAUCUUUGGGUAGAAAGAAAGCAUUUUGGAGGAAAAUUGUGUGUAGAUCAAACAAGUUGAGGAGUGUAAUCUUGCUGAAUGUUAUCACAGUUGUAUACGCAAGUAACAUUUGUGUUGUGAAAGAGGUGGAGACAAUGAUGGAUCCAGCAGCCUUCUCUGCAAUGCGGUUCUUGAUUUGUGCAAUCCCAUUCCUGCCCUUUGUGUUCCAGGCAAGAAAUGAUGUUGAGACUCGGAAUGCAGGGAUGGAGCUGGGAUUAUGGAUCAGUUUAGGGUACCUCAUAGAGGCAUUAGGACUACUCACCUGUGAUGCUGGCCGCGCCUCCUUCAUCUCACUCUUCACCGUUAUUAUGGUUCCAUUGUUUGAGAGCCUCUUAGGAGCAAUAAUCCCUGCUAGAACAUGGUUUGGAGUGUUGAUGUCUGUCGUAGGUAUUGCCAUGUUGGAAUGCAGUGGAUCUCCUCCAAAUCUUGGUGAUCUGCUCAACUUUGUUAGUGCCAUUUUCUUUGGCAUUCACACACUCCGGACUGAACAAAUAACGAGAAGCACAAAGAAAGAGAGCAUGCUACCACUUCUCGGAUAUGAGGUUUGUGUUAUAGCUUUCAUGUCUGUUAUCUGGUAUGUAGUCGGGGGAAAUUUCGAUGGAUUUCAAGAGAGUGAUAUCAGUGGUGGAUGGUCUUGGAGCAUGUUUUGUGAGUGGAUGGUUGCAUUUCCUUGGAUACCUACACUGUAUACUGGUGUAUUUUCCACUGGUUUAUGCCUCUGGGGUGAAAUUGCAGCAAUGCGCGACGUUUCAGCCACAGAAACAGCAGUGAUAUAUGGGUUAGAGCCAUUGUGGGGGGCUGCUUUUGCCUGGUUUCUCCUUGGUGAAAGAUGGGGCUUAGCUGGAUGGAUAGGAGCAGCCCUAGUAUUAGGGGGAAGCUUGACACUCCAAAUUUUGGGAUCUUAUAGUGAAACAACAAAGGGGAGUAGUCACAAAAAAGCUUCACAACACAAAACCCUACCAAACUCAAACUCACUCUCAGCUUCUCCUGUGGUCAUCUCUUCAGACCACAACUUGGUUGACAGGUUGAACAAAUAGUAAACCUAUUAUAUAUAUGUGUACAUAUCUGCUAAAAGUCGGCACGGAACAUUUAUAUUUUAUAUGUAAUAAGUCGGCAUAUAUGCAUACUCGAAAAUUAAAGCACUCGAAAAUUAAAGCCUCAUAUAUUCUGCACUCA